GUCCAUUUGAAAAAAGCAAGCAACAGAACACUUUCUCUCUUUUGCUUCUCUUCUAAUCUGCGACACACUAACGAGAGAAAAUGGGUAGAGCUCCAUGUUGCGACAAGACAAAGGUAAAGAGAGGGCCUUGGUCACCUGAGGAGGACUCUAAGCUUAGAGAUUACAUUGAGAAGUAUGGUAAUGGUGGAAAUUGGAUCUCUCUUCCUCUCAAAGCCGGGUUGAGGAGAUGUGGUAAGAGUUGUAGAUUGAGGUGGCUAAACUAUUUGAGACCAAACAUAAAACAUGGUGACUUUUCUGAGGAAGAAGACAGGAUCAUUUUCAGCCUAUUUGCUGCCAUCGGAAGCAGGUGGUCAAUAAUAGCAGCUCAUCUACCAGGAAGAACAGACAACGACAUCAAAAACUAUUGGAACACAAAGCUUAGGAAGAAACUCGUGUCUUCUUCCUCCUCUCAUUCAUCCUCAGCCAUGGCUUCUACUUUCUUAAACCCUAAUUCUCAGGUUGUGAAAAGACCAUUAACCCCAUUAACAACAAUCCAACCUUGUUCCUAUAAUCCAUAUGUUGAAAACCCUAAUCAGAACCCAACAAAGUCUCUCAUCUCCAACAUCAAUGGCUUUGAAGCUGAUCAACAACUCUUCCCCUUUAUUAACCCUAAUUAUCCUCAAGACCUCUCUCUCUCGGACAGCAGCAACAACAAUAACAACAUUUCGAGCACAACUGGUUUCUUGCAAAACCACAAUAUGUGUGAUCAGUACAACAACCACAACAGUUUCUCCUCACACGUCGAUGGAAAGACGCCAGAGAUUAUGCUUAAGCAAGAAGAGAUCAUAAUGAUGAUGAUGAUAGACCACCACAUUGACCAGAGGACAAAAGGGUACAUUGGGGAUUUCACACAAGGGUAUUACAAUAACUACAUUAAUGGACAUGGGGAUUUGAAGCAAAUGAUUAGUGGCACAGGCACUAAUUCUAACAUAAACAUGGGUGGUUCAGGUUCAGUCUCGGCUUCAUCUUCUAGUUCCAUAAGCAACCUAGCUGAGAACAAAAGCAGUAGUAGCCUCCUACAACACAAGUGCUUGCCCUACUUCUACUCCUAGCUCUUCUAGACUCUCUUGUCUUCUUAUAUAAAUAUAUCUUGGACUGACUGUUAGUAAAAUCAAAGAUUUGAUGGGGUAUGGGAUGAGAGAGAGUGAGGGAGAGACAGUGUGAUCAGUUUUUAUGGGAUUUUGUGUUUUCGAUUCCAUAGAUUUCUAGUUAAGAAGAGACAAUUAUUUGAUGAAACCCAAAAGGAUGUAUUUAUAGUUGAAGAGUGGAUCUUCUUUUUUUUUUUGUCGUGAAGAGUAAGAUCAUAUCAGCUUUUUAGAAAGACAUUGUAACAAAGUAUAUGAUCUAUAUAUAGCAUUAU